AUGAGCCAAUCACCGUGUAGUUCAAUAACGGGUCGAAAUAGUAGCUGUGGAAGUGUUGACAUCAAUGUGGACAACAAUAAUAGCAAUAACAGUCGAAUGUCGGAUGAGGAAUUGGCACAAAUAUCGGUGCGACAAUUGAAUCAGAAACUUGUGGUGAGUCGGGGGAAAUUGAAGGAUUCUGAUAGAAAAUUAGCCGAAAUUGGAAUUUUUUGGUUCGAUUCGCCUAGAGAUUUUUAGGACCAAACAUCUUUAGAACUGUGAAAACCUAAAAUUUUUCAUAAAUUGAGAAAAAGAGGUUUACUUCACAUGGCUAUCUUAAAGCCUGACCUAAUUUUUAAAAUCUACUCAAGAUUUGAAAAUUCGAAAUUUUCUGAUAAAAAUAAAUUGAAGUUUCAGCCAACAUUUAGAAAACGAGGUCUCCGUGGAUUUUGAAUAUACCCAGAAUUUGAAUAGUGAAAACCAGAUAUAUUUAUCCUAAUGUGAAUUUUUCCGUGACACUUACAAAUGUUACCAUGAAAAACUCCUUCCGUCCCCUUAUCACGUGAAAAUCAUAACUUUCUCCAACAAAUUUCAAAUAUUUCUAGGGUCAAGAUCGAAAUGUGGUAAUGCAACUGAAACAAAAGCGGCGAACACUGAAAAAUCGGGGAUACGCUUUGAAUUGCCGUGCACGACGAGUUCAAACACAAAUGCAACUCGAAGCGGAUAAUUUGGUUUUGAGAAAUCAGGUAGGCCAUCCUUUUCAUGCCUGGACUUUUAGACUGAACUAUAUAAGUUCAGAUUUUCAAGCCUAUAAAUUUCAGAUAAAAAUGCUACGCGAAGCACUACACGAUGCUCAAAUUCGCCUUCAAUAUUAUGAACCAUUUCAAACCACUUCUACCACCUUCUACACCCAUCAAAAUAUCCACCAAACCCAACAAAUUGCACCAAAUCAACACCAAUUCCUCUAUCAACAAUCAUCUCCACCAACUUCUACACCAUUCCUUCAAUAA